CACCAAACAAGCAAAAAAUAACUCGUUUCAUAUGUGAAAAUAUUUGUGUAACUGUGCGUUUAGAUGGAAGGAAAGCAUUAACUCGUGACACAUGCUGCGACAGCUGCAAUCGCGCCUCGCAUCCAGAAAGCCUUUCCAUUUCCACCUUUACUGCAAUCCACUAGAAAACAUCUCCGUUUCAUCACUCUCAGGCACAAUGCAACCUCGCCCCAAGCGUGCUCUCGGUUCUAACGCCGCAGCUCCCUCUCAUCAUCCUUCGCCUCCGCCCUCACCGUCCGCCUCACCUCCGCCCUCCCCAGCUCCCGCCUCCGCCCCCACCCUCACGCCCACUCCUUCCAAGAAGAAGUCCCGACCGCUGCCCGCGUCCCCCAGCUUCCAGCCCGCCAGCCUCGCCCAGCUGCGCGCCAAGGCAGCUCGCAUCCAGCAGCAGCUCGCACAGCUCUACCCGCAGCCGCCCAUCCCGCUGCAACACGGCAGCGCCUUCCAGCUGCUGGUCGCGGUGAUGCUGUCCGCCCAGUCGACGGACGCCAAGGUCAACUCCGUAACUCCGCAGCUGUUUGCGCGCGGGCCGGACGCGGCGGCCAUGGCGGCGCUGGAGGUACCUGAGAUCGAGGGCAUCAUCCGGGUGCUGGGGCUGGCUCCCACCAAGGCACGCAACGUGCAGCGCAUGAGCCAGCUGCUGUUGGAGCAGCACGGCGGCCAGGUGCCCGCCAGCUUCGCCGCCCUGGAGGCUCUGCCGGGGGUGGGGCACAAGACCGCCAGCGUGGUCAUGUGCCAGGCGUUCGGCCACCCAGCCUUCCCGGUGGACACGCACAUCCACCGCCUGGCGCAGCGCUGGGGGCUGUCCAACGGCAAGAGCGUCGAGCAGACGGAGCAAGACCUCAAGACCCUGCUGCCGGAGGAUAGCUGGCGGGACAUGCACCUGCAGAUGAUCUACUUUGGCCGGGAGCACUGCCCCGCGCAGCGCCACGACACCGCCGCUUGCCCCGUGUGCAGCUGGGCGGCGCCGGGAGCGGCGACAGUGGCAGAGACCUCCUUUCAGGCGAGCGGUGCAGCUGGUGAGCAGCAGGCGUCACGUGAGGGAGGACGCAACCGAAGAGCAAGGCAUGGCGGCAACGGUAACGCUGGGAUGGCCGCGGCGGAAGAAGCGACGGGUGCGGAAGUGGCAAGCAGCGAUGCUAGCGCGCCGGUGUUACUGGAGACCGGGGCCGGGGCGCAAGGCGCAGAAGCAGAAGGUGGUUCCCGGAU